GUAGUUCUACAAGAAAUUACAAUGUCACCACAAAGACACAGAACCAUUGGGGAGUUAGCAGGUGAAUCUCGUGCUGGCUUUGUGGAGAGGUUAGAACUUGGAAGGUUAGACUGUGGAUCCACGAGCUCACAAUUUCAGAUAUCCCGUACUAACCUACUGGGUAAACCAAUCAAAUCCUUUAACCGAUCUCGAGACGUCCGAUACAGGAAGAAACAAACCAUGAUCUACAACUUUCUGGAGAGACCACAUGGGUUUAAACCAGUCCUUUAUCAUCUUAGCAUGUUCUUCAUGGUGUUCAUGUGUUUGAUGCUGAGUGUGUUCUCAACUAUUAGCGACUUUGAAAAAGUUGCCAGUGAAAUACUCUUUAGAAUGGUAAGUAUGAUGUAUUUAUUUCUGUUAUUUAUAUAUCGUUAUCAGCUUAUCCAUAUUUUCUCCAAAUGA